AUGACACCGAGACGCUUCAACCCGUUCACGCGCGCGCCCACCAUCUCAGCCCCCACCGAGGCAGUCCAAGUCGCGCACCGCGUCGCGGACGCCAUGUUCUCCCCGCCCGCGAUCCGGAGCCACCAUGCCAGCGUAGUGCCAUUGUCUCCAACCCCACCACAGGACCACAUGCUACCCUCAGACUCGUCUAUGACCCAACCGUCCGACUUUGCUCCGCCUAAACACCCCGUUCCAUACGACGAUCUCGAGAUCCUCCGCGAUAGCCAGUACUCGUCCGAGUGCUCGGAUAUCGGCUCGCCGUCCGCAUAUGAGCCGAGUGCGGAGGAGGUGGCGCAGUUUGCCGUGCUGGCGCGUGCGAGUAUCGUGUCGGACCGCCGGUCGGUCGAGUCGGACGACGCGAAACAUACCGUGCUGGACAAGGGUAAGGGCCGAGCGGUCGACGAGCAUGGUCACGAUCACGAGCGCGACCACGAUCACGAUCACGAUCACGAUCACGGCUCCCGACACGUGGGCGCGUACGCUGUCAACAUUGAUGAAUGGAGGUGUGCGCCCCUCUCGCCUGGACUUGAGAACACGAGGGCGAGACGCGACAACCUCUCUGUGCCUGUUGUGCCAUUCCACUCUGGGCAUGUGGCAUAUGGGUCGUAUCCCAUCAACAUUGACCAGUGGGCCGCACCUCUCUCGCCCGAUCCGAGUGCCAGUCGCGACAGCUUUGGCUCUCCCUCGCACCAGGCCUCGUCGUCAACCUCACCCCCCGAGAGCUUCACCAUCACAUCCGGCUUUGGCGCACACUGCAGUGACACAAACUUGCCCUUGCCCGGUUCGAUAUCUCGUUCCGACUCAAGUACAGGGCCACCACGAACGACUCCACGCCGAGCCCCUCCGCCGCCGCUCAAGCUCGCGAAGAGCAACAGCUCGCUUGGACGCGAAUCCACGCCUAGCAUUACCUCACGACGUAACUCGGACGACUCGCUUGGCGUCGUGAUUGAAGCGCAUAGGCCCAAGCACGCGGGGCCUGUUUGGAACGACAAACACUCGGACUCGGCGUGGGACAGGGACGGGGACGCAGAAAAGAGACCCGAGAUGCACAAUGUCGCACUCACCCCGUUUGCGAGGGAGGCAUCGUACUCGACUACGGGACGCAAGUCGGGCCUUGUGGGCAUCCUCAAGACCAAGCGGGCGAGUAAGUGCGAGCCCAAGAGGGUCCGUCUUGCUUCGCCAAAGGCGAGCGCUUGGGAAAAAACCAUUCUCGCACAGCAAGCACAGUCGCCAGGCAGGUUCGAGUACAACGUCGGAAGGUACCAGGAGCCCAAGGCGCGACGGAGCUGUCGCAGCCGCAUCCGGCCAAGCUGGAUUGUGGGUUUGGUGCUGCUGAGCAUCAUCAUUGUCGUCAUUGUCGUCCCGUUCAAGCUCAAGAGGAAGGAGGAGCCGCCACCGAGCAUAAUAGCCCCGUCUCCAGUCGCGCCGGAAAACUUCACAGGCGACGUCAGCGAAUGUCUCCUCCCCUUCCUGAUGGCGGUGAACAGCAUUGGUCCUCUGUAUCCCUGCGGAGCGUGUCGAACCCUCUUGGCCAACCACACGAACGACUUUCUCAACGACAUGAACACGACGUACACGGGUAUCGGUGCGGUGAGGCAGUACUGUGCGCUGAUGGACGUGUUCUUCGACUCGAGCGUGUCCAGCCUUCACCAAGGCAAGUGGGGUGCGGACAUGGAACCGUGUGGCGGAUGGCAAGGCAUCCAAUGCGACGCUCGCAAACGCAUCACCACUCUCGAACUGGUUUAUCCCGGCGUACCGGCACGACUCCCCGCAUCCUUCCAAGACCUAGUAUCGCUUCAGACCUUCCGGGUCGUUGGCGACGGACAACGACCACAAGGUUUCCUCCCACCCAACAUUGCCGUAUUGCCAAACAUGACCACCUUGGACCUCCAAUACACUGGGCUAGGAGGAACGGUGACGAAUGUUUCGGCGUCGAUGCGCAACCUAACAAUGGUGUCUAAUCCGGCCCUCAAGCCGCCGAUGAACUUGAGCUCCAUCCCGCUCGACGCGCUUGUCCUAGCCGACCAGAACCUCACCUCCCUCCCCUCCCUCCCGUCCUCUCUCCGGGUCUUGGACCUCAGCCACAACUCUCUCAACGUAAGUCUUAGCCCGCUCAUGGCCCUACCCUACCUCAACACCUUGUAUCUCCAACACAACGACUUGGAGCGAUUCAUACCGCCGCCCGGAGCGCCGAUCGAGGUCCUCAGCCUGGCUGGUAACCCCCGCCUCGUGGGGGGACUUUGGAGUGCAACGUGUAGAGGAUUGCGGGCAUGCGAUGCGCGCGGGACAGCGAUGGGCAGGAACUGCACGACGUGUUACUAUGAAGAAUGA